AUGCGAUCAGAUGCAAUCAUCACAAGAGACAAUGUGUUCUACAGCACCGCCCAACACCUAACGGAAAUCCUUGCCCCACUCGGAAAAACAGCGGACUCCUUCAUCUCUGACUCCACGGAUUUCUGUACCAAACUCCUGAAAAUAACCGAAGCAGACCAGAUCCUGAGUUACGAUGUUGUGGACCUCUUCACAAGUGUCCCCAUAGAUGAAACUCUCCAAAUCCUCCGCCGACGCAUCUCUGAAUUAGAAACCCCCCUUGACACCAACCUCACCGCUGACUCCAUCAUUGCCCUGACCUCUGCCUGCAUCACCUCCACUUACUUCACCUGGGGAGACGACUACUAUGAACAAAUCUCCGGCCUGCCCAUGGGCUCCCCUCUGUCCCCAGUACUCACAGAACACUACAUGACCUCCUUCGAACAGCAAGCACUUAGCACCUCAACCAACAAACCAACCUGCUGGUACAGGAAGGUCGAUGACACGCUUGUCAUUCUUUGUCAAGACCAAGAUCCAGCAGCCCUCCUGCAACACCUCAACCAACAGCACCCCUGGGUCCAGUUCACCGUAGAAACAGAAUCCAAUGGUCAACUUCCCUUUCUAGAUGUCCUCGAUCAAGUGCUGCUCCGGCGUCUGGUUGCUAAGGGCAACUUACUGGGUAUCCAUUGGCUUGGUCUGCCUGACAGUCCCGGCACCACAUAA